CACAACCCAUGCCUUAACCUUUAAAUGUCUUCUCCUGAAUGUAAUGCUUAGCUUUUUAUCCCUAGAUGUUUUUUAAUCCCAUAAUGUGACUGUAUUAACAGAUUUUCUCUCCUCACAGUGUUAUUAAUACACACACACACACACACACACACACGUUCAUUGAGACUGUGUUUGUACUUGUUCUGACAAAGAGGGGUUGUGUGUGGAGGAGACACUGACAUACCAGAGAAAGCAGAAAAAACAACCAGUCCAAGGAGCAAGCAGAUGGACAAACAGACACACAUUGUGCUGGUUGGUGGUUAUCAUGGCUUUAUUGGAAGACAGCAAAACUGCUGGUAUGGAUUAACUACCUCUGCAUUAUACUACAUUUGCCCUGAACUGAAAACGUCCUUUUUGGCUCUGUUUUUUUUUCUUUGUUUUUUUUGUUGUUCUUGGAGAAAGAAACCGUCUUUUAAGUGUUUUUAGAGGAGCCGCGUGAGCUUUCACUCAAACUUUCUGCUCAUUUGGAAUGCUGAACUGGAUUGUUCAUAAUGUCCUGGUAUGACAUUAUAGUUAAAAAAUUGGGCUUCCCUACCAUUGAGUUGUUUGUCAAGGUAAGAGAUAUGGUAAAUUUCUGAAAAUCCUUUAUUAUAUUCACAGUAAUGUUUUUUUCUUUGUGGCAGCUAUGUUUAACAUAUAGUUAUUUUCCCUCUGUGAUGUAUCUAUGUACCCUGUCACCUCCAGGGUCCCAUUAAGUACAGUACACACAGCAGACUAUACAUGGCAGCUUCAAUAGCUGUACAGAGCCCCAGAAACCUGCCAGGUUACCAGAAACCAACCAGUGCCCAGGUUUUACAUUUCUUAGCUUGAGAUAAUUUAAAAAACAACAAAUACAACUUAGCAAUACUUACCAUGUUAGCAAUAUAAACUGAAAUAACUGUCUGAAACUCAAAUUGUGAGACAGGUGAACUUCGAUUUUACAAGACAGGUUCAGAACAGAAGUCAGUACUUGUCAUAGUCACUACUUCUGUCCACCCCAUGACUGCAAGUCCAAUAUUCACUCACCUUUUAGCUCUGUUUUGGUUUCCACCAAUUCUCGAGGUAAGUAUCUCACUCAUUAGCUACUAAAUGCUCCACUGUCUUCACUAGCGAGUCACUAACUUAAUCUGUGCUGUUUAGUGUUGGGCAGCUGGUGUACAGUAGGUUUAUCAGGACUCUGUCACUGAAAAGUAGUUUGAUUUUAGCACUGAAUGCAUCCUACAGUAAGACAAAUUAGUCAAGGUGCAGUUGCCAGGAUGCAGUGACCUUGACAGCAGAUAUGAUCAAACUGCUGCUUUUCUGGAGAGCUGACACACAUUGACGCUGGGAGAUACGGAGUGCAGGCGGGAAGUGAUGGGGAGAGCAUUGGUAACUGUCCAUUCUCUCAGAGACUCUUUAUGAUCCUGUGGCUUAAAGGAGUCAUCUUCAAUGUCACCACCGUCGACCUCAAGCGGAAGCCUGCUGACCUGCAGGACCUUGCUCCAGGAACCAACCCUCCUUUUGUGACCUUUAAUGGCGAAGUCAAGGUCGACGUCAACAAGAUAGAGGAGUUCCUGGAGGAGAAACUGACCCCACCACGUUACCCAAGAUUGGCUCCUAGACAUCAUGAAGCCAACACAGCUGGCAUUGAUGUCUUUGCCAAGUUCUCAGCUUACAUCAAGAACCCAAGGAAAGACACCAACGAUGCCUUAGAGAAAGCCUUGCUGAAGUCUCUUCGGCGUCUUGAUGACUUCCUGAGGACUCCGCUACCUGAGGAGAUUGAUGCUGACGCCUCAGGAGACCUGCCUGAGUCCUCCAGGAGCUUCCUUGAUGGGCCUGAGCUCAGUCUGGCUGACUGCAACCUGCUGCCUAAACUACACAUCCUGAAGGUCGUUGCACAGAAAUACCGUGGAUUUGAGAUCCCAGCAGAGAUGACAGGGGUUUGGCGGUAUUUAAAUUGUGCAUACCAGAGGGAGGAGUUCACCAGCACCUGUCCAGCUGAGAGGGAGAUUGAAUUUGCCUAUCUGGAUGUUGCAAAACGAAUCAAAUAAGGGGAAGAGUGGUACAACUGUAAAAAACUAAAACUAAACUAAAACUGAUACUGAUAUUGAAACUGACACCUGUUAACUCCUUCUUAAGUCUGAUAUCUCCACAGUGGCUUGGAAGUGAAAUAUACCAGUGUGUGUGUGUGUGUGUGUGCAUGUGCGUUCACAGGUUGGACUGCAUGGUGAUCUAUUGUAUCUUUAUACCAAUGAUUUAACAAAUAAUGACAUCCAGAAAUAAGCAGUAAUUAGAAGCAGAAUGCUUGCAGAAUUAAUUUCUGAUUUCUUUUUUUUUCACUUUUCAGAUGAUGGCCGGGCCAAUAAAAUAGCACAUAUAGCAAACUUCACCAUUCAGUAUUACAGUAUCAGAAACUAUAGUCAGUUUUUACCUAAUACUUUUUAGUCUAACAAUUACCACCUGACUUUAAAUUUUAAUCAUUAAA